AUGCCCGUUGGGCCACCCACUCAGGGCUUGACUUCUGAAGAUGGCUGUACGGGUACCACGCACGACAGAAAGUACUAUCGCCGCGGAAAUGCCUUCAUCAAACGCUGCCUUCGGGCCCACGAAUUCAUUCAUAGUCCCCACGGCAUUCACGUUCCACGAUUCAGAAAGGAAUCCUUGAAGAAUGAGGCAGACACCCUCCGUUUCAUUCGUCAACACACCGACAUUCCGGUUCCUUCUGUCUACUGCGACUUCGAAGACGACGAUGCCUACUACCUCAUCACCGAGUACAUCGAGGGUGUCAGCAUGGCGGAGCUGCCAGAGCACCAGAAGGGGCUGGUGAUUACCGAACUGGAGGGCUACCUUGCUCAACUCAAGACGCUCAAGUCGUCUCGGCUAGGUGGGCCAUCAGGAAUUGUUGUUCCGCCGUAUCGUGUGAUAGACGAGACCGAGAGGGAAGACUGGUCCGGCCUGCGUCAAUCUGAGCGAGAGGAAUACGUGUUCUGUCACAACGACUGUUCGCAGUACAAUAUCAUCGUCAACCCGGAGACUCUCAAGAUUGCGGCCAUAGUGGACUGGGAGUUUGGUGGCUUCUAUCCGGACUCCUUUGAAUUUCCGUUCUGGAAACGCAAAGGCCCAUCGGUGGCUGUGGACGACGAGGACGACGACACGGAUGCGCUGUUGGCUUUUCUCCAAUCCCAGUUGCUGCCAGAAAAGUCUCUCUUUAUUAUUGCUCCACAGCCGACGUAUGAUCAUUGGUUUUUACUAAUUUUUCCAGACUGA